ACUUGCUUCUUCUGUAUGUUGCUCAACACCUGAGGUAAGAGAACAGAUAGGGAGGGAGGGAAAGUGGGGAUGUAGGAGGGGCGCGUUUCGAGCUUCAAGUGUGCAACAUCCCACCCAAAGCCCGAGAGAGCCAGCAUAAAGUCAGACAUCACUUCACUCGUUCGUGAGUUCCAUACCCUGGAACAAACAGGCUGCGUUACCGGGACAAAUAACGGUGUUCGUUUUCAGUCACACAGAAUUAAACCAUUUUCGCCGCGAUGGGGUUGAGAUUUAUACAAUGUAUCUCAUAUCUUUCGCUUCUCCUUCACCUGGAAUGGACGCACUUAUCGGCUUUCAACCUGGACACAGAAAACGUCAUUGAAAAGAAAGGAGAGCCCGGGAGCCUUUUCGGCUUCUCUCUGGCUAUGCAUUGGCAAUUAAAUCCGUUGGAUAAAAGAAUGUUGCUGGUUGGUGCUCCAAGGGCCAAAGCUCUGAGAGGUCAGAAGGCAAAGAUCACAGGAGGACUCUACAACUGCGACACCGCUUCCACUUCCUCCAGCUGUAGCCGAGUGCAGUUCGACAACGAUGAGGACGUGAACACCGAGAGUAAGGAGAACCAAUGGAUGGGUGUAACAGUAAACAGCCAGGGGCCGGGAGGAAAGAUUGUGACGUGUGCCCACCGCUACCAGCGGCGUCUGUUUGUGAACACAGCCCAGGAGUCUCGUGACAUCACAGGGCGGUGUUACGUGCUGAGCCAGGACCUGACCAUCGGUACCGAGUCUGAUGAGGACGGAGGGAACUGGAGGUUCUGUGAGGGGCGGGCACGCGGCCAUGAGAGGUUUGGUUCAUGCCAACAGGGUCUGUCUGCCACCUUCACUAGGGACUACCACUACCUGGUAUUUGGUGCCCCUGGAGCGUACAACUGGAAAGGGGUGGUGAGAGUAGAGCAGAAGAACAACACUCUGUUGGAGAUGGGCUUCUAUGACGACGGGCCCUAUGAGGUGGGCGACGAGAACCGGUUAGACCCAGACCUGGUCCCCGUGCCCGCUAACAGUUACUUGGGCUUCUCUCUGGACUCGGGGAAGGCCAUCACUAAGAAGGGUCAGCUGACCGUGGUCGCCGGUGCCCCGAGAGCCAAUCACAGCGGGGCAGUGGUGUUGCUAAAGAAGGAGACCGAAGCGUCCACCAUGUUGUCACCAGAGCACAUCCUGGAAGGGGAAGGGCUGGCCUCGUCGUUCGGCUACGACCUCGCUGUGGUGGAUCUGACCGGCGACGGGUGGGAGGACAUCGUGGUGGGAGCCCCGCAGUUUUUUGAGAAGGACGGGGAGGUAGGCGGAGCCAUUUAUGUCUACGUUAACAAGGGCGGAGACUGGAGUAAGGUCACGCCCACCAGGAUAGACGGACCUCGGGACUCCAUGUUUGGACUGGCCGUAGAAAACCUGGGAGAUCUCAACCUGGACGGCUAUCAGGACAUCGCUGUGGGAGCACCCUAUUAUGACAGUGGGUCAGGGAAGGUGUUCAUCUACCACGGCUCAGCUCAGGGCAUCAACAUCAAACCGGCGCAGGUGUUGUCAGGGGUGCCAUCGGAGACAAAGUUGUUUGGUUAUUCUCUAGCUGGUAACAUGGACUUGGACAGGAACUCGUACCCUGACCUGGCCGUAGGAUCUCUCUCCGACUCUGUGUUCGUCUACAGGACUCGGCCGGUCAUUAGCAUCCAGAAGGUUGUCAAGACAACCCCAAAGGAGAUCGAUCUGACUAAGAAAAACUGUGGCAACAGCAUCUGCUUGGAGGUAGAGGCCUGCUUCUCCUACACCGCCAACCCAAAAUCCUACAGCCCCAGACUGACGGUGGCGUACUCCUUUGAGGCGGAGGCGGAGCGUCGGAAGCAGGGUCUCCCUCCCAGAGUGACCUUCUCCACGCGUUCCAGCGACGUCAACGACUACCAGUCCACCGGUGUUCUCAUCCUCAGUGGGCAGGGCAAGAAGGAGUGUGUCACCGCCAGACUCACACUACAGGAGAACAUUAAGGACAAGCUCAGGGGAAUCCCCGUCGACGUUACCGUGGAGAUAAAGAACUCCAAAAGGAAAAGAAGAGCGCUCCCAGAACUCCCGCCCAUCCUCGACUCCAACGAGCCUAUCACGGCCCGCGCUGAGGUGAGCUUCCUGAAGGAGGGCUGUGGCAGUGAUAAUGUGUGUCAGAGCAACGUACAGCUCCAGCAUCGCUUCUGCUACAGAGAGCCCAACAAGGACGUCUUCCAUCCACUACCUGUGGAGGAUGGGGUGCCGGUAGUCUCCCUUAGCGACCAGAAGGACAUCGCCCUGGAGAUCACGGUGACCAACCAGAAUGGAGAUGAUGCCCAUGAGGCGGCGUUGGUUGCCUCCUUCCCCCCCUCGCUCUCCUACUCUGCCUCCCGCUCUGCACCCAACGCGGACAAGCAGGUGAUCUGUGUGACCAAUACGAACGGCUCUCAGGCAGACUGUGAGCUGGGGAACCCCUUCAAGCGAGGCUCAGAGGCGACCUUCUACAUCAUCCUGAGCACAGCAGGCAUCUCUCUGAACACCACAGAGCUGGAGAUUGACCUGAAGCUGGAGACAACGAGUGACCAGCAAAACGUGGCCAGAGUCAAGGCCAAGGCCAAAGUGGUGAUCGAGCUGCUGCUGUCCCUCACAGGAGUGGCCAAGCCCUCCCAGGUCUACUUUACUGGAGAGGUCAAAGGUGAGAGCGCCAUGCAUUCCGAAGGAGACAUCGGCAGCCCCAUCGAGUACGAGUUCAGGGUGAUUAACCUGGGGAAGCCCCUGAAGACAUACGGCAGCGCCGCCCUGAUCGUCAAUUGGCCAAAGGAGACGGUGGAGGGGAAGUGGCUCCUGUACCUCAUGAAGAUCGACUCCAGGGGUCUGGAACAGAUCACCUGCUCCCCUGAGAGAGAGAUCAACUCACUCGCCGUCAAAGAGGAGCCGAGCAGCACCCGGAGAAGACGAGCCGUAGUGGAGACAGACAAAUCUCAGGAGGGAACCAUCGCACGGCUGACUGACAAGAGGAAAUACACUACUUUGUCGUGUGAGGACGGGGCAAAGUGUGUGGAGAUUCGCUGCCCUCUUCAGGGCCUGGACAGUAAUGGAGUCAUCCUGCUCAGAUCUCGCCUCUGGAACAGCACAUUCCUGGAGGAGUACUCCAAGCUGAACUAUCUGGACGUGAUAGUGAAAGCCUCUCUCAGAGUGGACGGAGCAGCCAAAAACAUGGUCCUAAAGAACGCAGAGACACAGGUGAGAGUGACGGUGUUCCCAGAGCGUCGUGUGGCUCAGUACGGAGGACUCCCAUGGUGGAUCAUCCUGGUAGCCAUCUUGUUAGGGCUGCUGCUGCUCGGCCUGCUGGUCUUCCUGCUGUGGAAGUGUGGUUUCUUCGGGAAAAAGAAAGAGGAUGUGCCACCCUCUGACAAAGAGAGAUUGACAUCUUCUGACGCGUAAAAGAGGGCGAGACGCUGUCUCUGGGUGUGGGUUUUUCAGACGCUCCAAGUACGACGACAGCGUUCCCAGUUACAGUGCGGUGCGGAUACAAAAGGAGGAGAAAGACCAACUGGGAAGCCUGGAAAAGAAAGCCUGGAUCACGAGCUGGAGUGAGAACGAGAGUUACUCUUAACAAUGGUGGAACACUGGAGCUCCUGUUACCACAGACAUUGAUCUGACGAUUCCAAGGCCCCCGCGCCACAGUGUGGACAACAACAAAAAAAAUGUAGGAAAAAAAAAAACUAUUUGUAGAAAAGCUUUAUUUGUGUACUUUAAGGACAGAUGACGACGAUACAGUACAGCAGCAGGUUAGAUAAGGUGAAGUAACACUUCAUCAAAUUGUCCCUUUUUGGGGAUCAAUUAAGUAGUACCUUGUCUGAUUGAAUUUUAUCUUGAUAGUGACAUCCAUGUUGAUCACUGGACAGAAAGAGAAGAUUUCUGUGUGUUCUUUAACAUUUUGGGUCAAGAAUCCCAGCUGUCUCUCUUUCAAAGCUCUGGACAUUGUUUUGUAAAUGUACACUUACGGAACGGGCUAGAGUGUUUUAUAUGUUUUGUAUAUUUUGAAGAAUGUGUAUUUAUUGUAUGAGGAGAAUGUUACCUACAAAGUACUCCACUGGCCAAAUCAUUUUUCAGGAGUUUUUUUUUUCUUCUCCAAGAUAUGGAAGGAUGGAUGCCUCAAAUCACAAAUCAUCUCAAAGCCAUUUGGGUGUAAGGACAGUUAGACACAUUUCGCAUGUUUAACUGGGGCCAUUUUUCGUCAGGUUAUAGCAGCAGCUAAUCAACAGCUUUCCCAUUCAAUCUUUCUGUAUUAUUUAUAUCCAUGUACUAACGUCACCAUCCAUAACUGCUCAGAGAGAACGUUGUGAACGUUUAAGUAUUCGAUUGUUGAGAUGGACCAGUGAAGCGGAGUGAGUGAGUGGGGAAACGACAUAUUGUGGCUCUUCUAAUCGGUCACGUUAAAUCAGUGUUCAUUUUCAAGGAAGUGAAGAAAUUCUGCAUUUGAAGUAUUUUAACAGGGCCCAUAUAAUGACUUAACGUGGAGGAUUUGUCCAGUGACAGCUUUUGACAAUGUAAAGUAAAAGUGUGAAAAAUUGCCGUGAUUUGCUAAAUAAAUGUUUUUACAUCCUGUACAAAUUCA